CGCACACCAGCGCAGCCCUGACAACAGGCUAUCGGAUGUGAGCCUUUGAUGAUAUGGACACACCGCUGACAUUUUAAUUCUUCUGCUUGCCUUUAAUCAAAUGAACAAAGCCUUAGAAACAUUUUAUUUGAUCAUACAUACAUUAUAAUUGCCUUUGUGUGGUCUCGCCAUGCCGAGCAAUAAACAUGACAAACCGGAGGUCAGCGAUAACGUUAAGGUUGUGGUGAGAUGUCGUCCUCUCAACCAGAAAGAGAAGAUGAUGGGCCACAAACAGGCUGUCCUAGUGGACGAGAUCCGAGGGACCAUAACGGUGAACAAGCUGGAGACCCCCCACGAGCCCCCUAAGACCUUCACAUUUGACACCGUGUUCGGACAAGAGAGUAAACAGUUGGAUGUGUACAAUCUCACAGCCCGCCCCAUCGUCGACUCAGUGUUAGAGGGAUACAAUGGAACGAUUUUUGCAUAUGGACAAACUGGCACAGGAAAAACAUUUACCAUGGAGGGUGUAAGAGCAGUGCCAGAGCUCCGCGGGAUAAUCCCAAAUUCCUUCGCUCAUAUUUUUGGUCACAUCGCCAAGGCAGAGGGCGACACCAGAUUUUUAGUUCGCGUUUCCUACCUGGAAAUUUACAAUGAAGAAGUGCGUGACUUGUUGGGAAAAGACCAGAUGCAGAGGCUUGAGGUGAAAGAAAGGCCGGAUGUAGGUGUUUACAUCAAAGACCUUUCUGGUUACGUUGUGAACAACGCUGAUGAUAUGGACCGAAUUAUGACACUCGGCCACAAAAACCGGUCUGUUGGUGCCACAAACAUGAAUGAGCACAGCUCCCGUUCUCAUGCUAUUUUCACCAUCACCAUCGAGUGCAGUGAGAAGGGUGUGGAUGGAAACCAGCAUGUGCGCAUGGGAAAACUGCAUCUGGUUGAUCUGGCGGGUUCGGAAAGACAGGGCAAGACCGGAGCCACAGGUCAGCGUUUAAAGGAGGCGACUAAGAUCAAUCUCUCCCUCUCCACGCUGGGCAACGUCAUCUCUGCCCUGGUGGAUGGCAAGAGCACACACGUUCCUUACAGAAACUCAAAACUCACCCGUCUGCUUCAAGAUUCACUCGGAGGAAACUCCAAGACGAUGAUGUGCGCAAACAUCGGCCCCGCAGACUACAACUACGAUGAGACCAUCAGUACUUUGCGCUAUGCUAACAGGGCUAAGAACAUCAAAAACAAAGCCAGAAUCAACGAAGAUCCCAAGGAUGCCCUGCUGCGCCAGUUUCAGAAGGAGAUUGAGGAUCUGAAGAAGAAACUGGAAGAAGGUGAAGAGAUCUCUGGCUCAGAGGGCAGCGGGUCAGAGGAGAUGGACGAAGGUGACGACGAAGUCGGGGAGGCAGGAGAAGGACGCAGGAGAAGAAGAGAUAAAAGCCGCAGUAGUAGUUCAAAAUUUGCCUGCACCCCCUUGGUGCCGUCACUCACUGAAGACAGACCGCAGACUAAGGAGAGAGGAAGGAAGAAGGUUUCCCCAGACAAGAUGGUGGAAAUGCAGGCGAAGAUUGAAGAGGAACGAAAGGCGUUGGAGGCCAAGCUGGACAUGGAGGAGGAGGAGAGGAACAAGGCGAGGGCAGAGCUGGAGAAGAGGGAGAAGGACCUUCUUAAAGCCCAGCAGGAGCAUCACCUCCUGCUGGAGAAACUGUCGGCCUUAGAGAAGAAGGUGAUUGUGGGCGGGGUGGACCUCCUGGCCAAGGCUGAGGAGCAGGAGAAGCUCUUGCAGGAGUCCAACAAUGAACUUGAAGAACGUCGCAGGAGGGCGGAGCAGCUGCGUAAAGAGUUGGAGGAGAAAGAGCAAGAACGCCUGGACAUAGAAGAGAAGUACACUAGCCUGCAAGAAGAGGCCCAAGGAAAGACCAAGAAGCUGAAGAAAGUGUGGACCAUGCUCAUGGCGGCCAAAUCAGAAAUGGCAGAUCUACAGCAAGAGCAUCACAGAGAGAUCGAGGGUCUCCUGGAGAACAUCCGCCAGCUGAGCCGAGAACUCCGGCUCCAGAUGCUCAUCAUAGACAACUUCAUUCCUCAGGAAUACCAGGAGAUGAUAGAGAAUUACGUGCACUGGAACGAAGACAUUGGAGAGUGGCAGCUGAAAUGUGUGGCUUACACCGGCAACAAUAUGAGAAAACAGACCCCCGCUCCGGACAAGAAAGAAAAAGAUCCAUUCGAGGUCGAUCUGUCCCACGUGUAUUUAGCCUACACAGAGGAGAGCAUGCGGCAGUCACUGAUGAAACUCGAGAGGCCCAGAACCUCCAAGAGCAGCAAAAGUGGCCGACCCAAGACCGGGCGAAGGAAAAGAUCUACAAAGCCAGACGCUGUGAUCGAAUCCCUUCUGCAGUGAUGACGGCGACGUGAAACCGACAUUGCAACUUUCAUGAUACCUAAAAGAAGUCAGUAAUCCAGUUUAUGGCCGACAAUUAUUUAAAAGAUGAUCUGCAUUCACUGUAUAGCUGGUAAGGUCUUAAAUGUAAAGAAGCUGCACCUGUGAUAGGAUUAAGACCUCUUGGCUAAGAGGACCUGUUAUAUGUACUGUAGUGUGAGACUGUUUUCACAUUGUCUGAUAUUUUAAUGUUGCGUUACACAUUUCACGUUUUGCAGGAGCAGUUUGCAAUGAACAACCACUAGCUAAGGAAAAACGCUACCGUGAGAAUAUUUCACAGACAGCUUUGCAACAUUUUGGCAAUGACCAACAAUCAAUGAAAGUGCAGAUUUGUCAGGAUGCUGAAAGUAGAAUCGGAGGCAUGGACGACAAAUUACAAAACAUCACUAUCUUCGAAGAUUUUCUGAGUGUAUGUAACUUGUGGCUUCUGUUUUUGUUAAAUUCUAAAUGUGGGUGCAUUUUCACUAAAAUGACACCAGAUUAUUCUACUCUUAAAAGAAGCAAGAGCCUUAGUGAUUCUGUCUGAGGAACGCAAGAAAUCAAGUUGAAAACAGAAGUCAAAUUUAGUGAAUUAAAGGAUUAAAGUAAAAAGUGCUUUAUACUCUUUCCUUUAGGUCAGAAGCAUAUUGGCGUGCAUGCCAGCUUACGCUCUUACGUUAGUGCCAUUUGCUAACCUAAGUAAAUCAUCGGGACACUUUGUGUUAUAUUAGGAAAAUCCAUGCAGUACAGUGUACCUUAGUAUAAUGCACUACUAUGAUUUUUUUUUGUGGAAAUGUUAUGUAGUGGAGGCAAACUCCCUUUUAUUUUUUAUCGUAAUGUAUGUCAAAUGUUUACAUCCACCACACCUUCAGAUUUUAUUUAUUAAAUUAUUUUACAUGUUUUAUCUCACAUUCUUCUUGUUCUCAAUUUGUGGUCCAUUAUUAAAUCAAUCCGGUUGUUAUAUAGAUGAUCAGGAUGCAGGCUACGGCCAGAAACGGCUGAUUUUUAACUGCAUCUCUAAACCCAGAAACUAAUUGAUGUAACUUGUAAUGAUGAGGAUGCAUUGCUGAUGAAGGACAAAAAAAAGAUCUGAGAUGCCCAUAUGAUUUAUUUAUGCAAGUAUGAAACCUACAAAAACAAUGUGUGAGACAAUAAAUGUUACAUUAGACAAUAAAAGCUGAUGUCUGUCACAUCAUCUUCUGGGAUGACCGUGGUUCAAGGUGUAGGUUACACAAGAUUGGAUUUUUUCCAGAAAUGCCCGUAUGGGAUAAAAGCCACUUGUUUUCAGGUGACACGUGACAUUCUUAAUCUGAAGAAGUAAGAAAAAAAAAAGUUAAUUUUGAAAAUGCACAUUUUAAGAUCACAAAAAAUACCAAACACGACUAAAUUUACAUAAAACCUGUUUAACAUUAUAGAUGGUAUUAAAUAUUAGAGGAUAUGCCGUUUAGAUUCACUGUAAAUCAUUUGACGCUUUGGCUCGGUGUGAGCCUACAAACAACUCGCUGACAUACAUGAACUCCCCUUUACCUUGUUGUAGCUAUGCAGCCCGUGAGAGAGAUUGCCAACAUCUGUGGGGAUAUUUGGAUGUUUUUUCUUUGCUUCCUCCAGAACUUGCUCCGCCAAGCAGAAGAAGUUCUUCUGUGAGGUCAAAUCCACUGUUAGUAAUGUUGUCCAACACAGUCACAGAUGUCUUAAACCACUGUAAUAUCAAUAAAUGUAAAAGAUUUCCAACAUACCGGA